AUGUCGAAAUCUCCCACGGUGAGAUAUUAUGAAAGAACUCAAGUUAACAAUACGGAAAAUUCAAAGAAAACCAGGCCAAAAGAUUUAGAAGAGUUUAUAAUACUUGACUGGAGAAUGAACGGCAAAAAGGGUAGCGUUGAGAUCAACAUUCCACCAGCAGCUACCAAAUCCAAGCUGCCUGAUAUCCGCAAAGAAGGCGGCAUUGGAGCAUUCUCCUCCUUUAAAGCUUGGAUUUGGAGUGUAUGGGAUUUUGCCAAAGAAGAUAGCAACAGAGUGAUAUUCUCAUUGAAAGUUAGCCUAGCUGUUCUUCUAGUGUCUUUGCUUAUACUGUUCCAAGCACCUUAUGAUAUAUUCGGCACCAAUAUCAUCUGGUCCAUCCUCACUGUCGCUAUCAUGUUCGAAUACACAGUUGGUGCAACUUUUAAUCGAGGAUUCAACAGAGCUCUUGGAAGCUUGCUUGCUGGAAUAUUGGCUAUUGCAGUUGCUCAGUUAGCUCUACGGUCCGGCCGGGUUGCCGAGCCUAUCAUAAUUGGCAUUAGCAUCUUUCUGAUUGGGGCUGUUACAUCAUUCAUGAAAUUAUGGCCAUCGCUUGUGCCAUAUGAAUAUGGCUUCAGGGUCAUACUCUUUACCUACUGCUUGAUCAUAGUCUCUGGGUAUCGGAUGGGGAAUCCAAUAACAACUUCAAUGGAUCGACUGUACUCUAUUGCCAUUGGAGGAUGUGUAGCAGUCCUAGUGAAUGUGUUUGUUUUUCCUAUAUGGGCUGGGGAGCAAUUGCACAAGGAACUUGUCAACAGCUUUAACUCAGUAGCUGACUCUCUUGAAGAAUGUGUGAAGAAAUAUUUGGAAGAUGAUGGGCUAGAUCAUCCAGAGUUCUCCAAGACUGUAAUGGAUGAAUUUCCAGACGAGCCAAAUUACAGGAGAUGCAAAAGAACCCUGAAUUCCUCUGCAAAACUUGAAUCCUUGGCUAUCUCUGCGAAAUGGGAGCCACCACAUGGCAGGUUUCGCCACUUCUUCUAUCCAUGGUCAGAGUAUGUUAAAGUUGGAGCGGUUCUACGAUAUUGUGCUUAUGAAGUCAUGGCACUUCAUGGUGUUUUACACUCUGAGAUUCAGGCACCUUACAACCUCCGAUUUACAUUCCACUCAGAGAUUCAGGAAGCAGCAACAAAUGCUGCUGAGCUAGUGAGGAGAUUGGGCAAAGACAUUAGCAGCAUGAAGAGAAGCCUCAAAACCUCACUACUUAAGAAGGUUCAUAGCUCGACGGAGCGUCUUCAACGAGCCAUAGACAUGCACUCUUAUCUCCUAACAUCUAAUUUUGAUAAUCCUGACAACUCUUUCAAACCACUUACCAAGCUCUCUCAGACCUUUUCAACCACCCUCUAUGACCUCUCGAAUCCAUUAACUGAGUUUGACAGCAACAGUACAGAAAAGGACUCGAAUGAAGCAAACCAAAAUGUGCCUUCAGGGACGACUCCUCCACAACAGACAGAGUCCUACCAUGAGAUGAUGAGGAAGCAGUCAAGAAGACUCCAUUCAUGGCCAUCAAGGGAAGUGGAUGCUUUUGAAGAAGAAGGGGGUCUUAGUAUGGACUUUCUGCCCAGAAUGAAAGCAUUAGAGAGCACUGCAGCAUUGUCACUUGCCAAUUUUACUUCCUUACUCAUUGAGUUUGUUGCUAGGCUUGAUCACUUGGUUGAAGCAGUUGAUGAGCUUUCGAAGAUGGCCAAAUUCAAGCUUGAGGGUGUAUAG